UAAGCAGAGUCCUUGGCGGCCGCACACCACACUAUUCCUGGCCUUUUGUUUCUUGCGAUUCCCGGGGCCGUUGUUGCCGUUGAGAUGCGAUGGCUCUCACGCGCUCUCGGCCGUCCCCGUUGUUUUCAGUUCGGCCUUCGUCGGAAGAGGGCAGCCAAUCCGCCGGAGGCAUGACUGCCAAAAUACGCAGAGGCGGGCGGUUGGAGGACCAGAGCAGAAGAGGACAUUUUCGGUUGCAUUGCAAUGGCGGCUUCCGUUUUGCAUGAUCGCACACCCCAACCACUCCUUGAUCGAUCGUCGAUGAACCUUAUCGCCGUCGAUCGCCUGCCCGGGUUAUAUAAGGGGGAAGGAGAGGGGCAGCGGGAAGAGCACGCCUCCUCCUCCUCGCCGCGCCUCUUCUUCCCAUCCACCAUAGCUACCCUCGCUCUGCCGUGCCGGUGCCCCCUUUCCGGUAAGAGACUCAUGCCAGCCGGCCACGGUUGUUUCUUGCGACCUCGUCAUGUGUCUCGUGCCAAAAACAAGGCGUGUCUUCUGUGAAACCCCCAAAAAAGUAGCGUGCCUCUUGCUGGAAGCAUUUAGUGUGUGUGCUUGGACUCCAACUGUCUGUCCAAGCGCGCCGGCCAUUCACGCGGCUUGGAUUUUCCCUCGCGGGAAGGGUCCCAAAUUUCCAAUCGGUUGCAACAAACGCAUUGAAUCUGGGUGUUUCACCACCCCAGUACUUCACCCCGCCCCACACCUCUCAUACCAAUAGUGCUCUCCCUCCCCCUGUUCUUGCAGCACUUGCAAAGGGACCGGCGCAAGCGCAAGGCAACCUGCUCGCCGUAGCUGCUGCCUCCUGGCCUCUUCUUCCUCAGCUUGCCUCCGGUCAGGCGGCUCCUGCCCCCGCUCCUGCGCCGGCACAGGAUGGCGCUGCUCACGGCGCCCGCGGUCUUCGCGGCCCUCCUGCUCUUCUGGGGCGUGCUCGGCGGCACCGACGCCGACUACCUGCUGUACAAGGACGCCGCCAAGCCCGUGGAGGACCGCGUCGCUGAUCUUCUGGGCAGGAUGACGCUCGCGGAGAAGAUCGGGCAGAUGACCCAGAUCGAGCGGCUCGUGGCCACGCCGGACGUGCUCCGGGACAACUUCAUCGGCAGCCUGCUCAGCGGCGGCGGCAGCGUGCCGCGGAAGGGCGCCACGGCCAAGGAGUGGCAGAACAUGGUGGACGGCUUCCAGCGGGCCUGCAUGUCCACGCGCCUCGCCAUCCCCAUGAUCUACGGCAUCGACGCCGUCCACGGCCAGAACAACGUCUACGGCGCCACCAUCUUCCCCCACAACGUCGGCCUCGGCGCCACCCGGGACCCGUACCUCGUCAAGAGGAUCGGCGAGGCCACCGCGCUCGAAGUCAGGGCCACCGGCAUCCAGUACGCCUUCGCACCAUGCAUCGCGGUGUGCAGAGAUCCGAGGUGGGGGCGGUGCUACGAGAGCUACAGCGAGGACCGCCGGAUCGUGCAGUCCAUGACGGAGCUCAUCCCGGGCCUGCAGGGCGACGUCCCCAAGAACUUCACCAGCGGCAUGCCUUUCGUCGCCGGGAAGAACAAGGUGGCAGCUUGCGCGAAGCACUUUGUGGGCGACGGCGGCACGGUGGACGGCAUCAACGAGAACAACACCAUCAUCAACCGCGAGGGCCUGAUGAACAUCCACAUGCCGGCGUACAAGAACGCCAUGGACAAGGGCGUCUCCACCGUCAUGAUCUCCUACUCCAGCUGGAACGGGGUCAAGAUGCACGCCAACCAAGACCUCGUCACCGGAUACCUCAAGGACACGCUCAAAUUCAAGGUAAAAAAUCAAAAAUCAAAUUCAAGUUCAGCUGCUCUUCAUGGCCUGGAGCAUUCUUCAGAUGUUCAGACGCUCAUCGCCAUUGUCGCAUCUUGUUUGCAGGGCUUCGUGAUCUCGGACUGGGAGGGCAUUGACAGGAUCACUACCCCUGCCGGAUCUGACUACUCCUACUCGGUCAAGGCUUCCAUUCUUGCCGGCCUUGACAUGAUCAUGGUGCCCAACAACUACGAGCAGUUCAUCAGCCUCCUGACUGGCCACGUCAACAGCGGCGUGAUCAACAUGAGCAGGAUCGACGACGCCGUGACCCGGAUCCUGCGGGUCAAGUUCACCAUGGGCCUCUUCGAGAACCCCUACGCUGACCCUGCCAUGAUGGAGCAGCUAGGAAAGCAGGAGCACAGAGAUCUGGCGAGGGAGGCGGCGAGGAAGUCGCUGGUGCUCCUCAAGAACGGCAAGACGCCGAGCGAUGCGCCGCUGCUGCCGCUGCCCAAGAAGGCGCCCAAGAUCCUGGUCGCCGGGAGCCACGCCGACAACCUGGGCUACCAGUGCGGGGGGUGGACCAUCGAGUGGCAGGGCGACACGGGCCGCACCACCGUGGGCACCACCAUCCUGGAGGCCGUGAAGGCCGCCGUGGACCCGUCGACGGUCGUGGUGUUCGCGGAGAACCCCGACGCGGAGUUCGUCAAGGGCGGCGGCUUCUCCUACGCGAUCGUGGCGGUGGGCGAGCACCCGUACACGGAGACCAAGGGCGACAACCUGAACCUGACCAUCCCGGAGCCCGGGCUGAGCACGGUGCAGGCGGUGUGCGGCGCCGUGCGGUGCGCGACGGUGCUCAUCAGCGGGCGGCCCGUGGUGGUGCAGCCGCUCCUGGCCGCCUCGGACGCGCUGGUGGCGGCGUGGCUGCCCGGCUCCGAGGGGCAGGGUGUCACCGACGCGCUGCUCGGCGACUACGGGUUCACCGGGAAGCUGCCGCGGACGUGGUUCAAGUCGGUGGACCAGCUGCCGAUGAACGUGGGCGACGCGCACUACGACCCGCUCUUCCCGCUCGGCUACGGCCUCACCACCAAAGGGACGAAGCAGUACUAGGCUAGGCUGCUUCACAUAGUAGACAGCAGGAUGGUACACCAUUAAUGGAUGGAUGGAGAUAGGAAAAUGGGACAUGAACCGUAGGUUCUUGCCUCCCGCCAUGGCUGCCGAUCGAUUCCUUUCGCUCGGUUGGUACUACUGCUAUUCUUUCUUACUUUCUUUGUUGCUGGUUGAUCUGGUGUAUUAUGGCUGAGUGAGAUCUCACUCUGGAGCAAGCAAUAUAUCCAAUCGAUGAGCUAUUUUAUUCA